AUGAGAAAGCUUGCAAACUGCGAUAUGCUACAUCGAGUCACUGUUUUCCUCAACCCCUUUGCACGGCAAAGAGCAAUACUAGAUAAAUUCGACGAAGAUGCGAUGCCACUUCUACAAAUAAGUGGUUUAGAUGUACAGAUGGUGUAUCUCGAUGAUGAUGACGAAGCAAAGAAAUAUUCAAAUGUGCUAGAUCCUGAUAGCACUGAUGCGAUUGUUGUUGCUGGUGAUGACAAUCUCUUGGCUAAGCCAGAUUCUUGUAAGCAGGAAGUCUUUGCAAUGACUGGAGUCGAAUGGAGUUGCUGGCGCGAUGUGGAGUACGGUGGCGGUGGUCGCUCACUGACCGCUUCCCGUCCUGCCAACCAUAAACCUCGCCUUUCCAGCCCUCCAAGAUGGAUGGACGCUGGCACUGUCAAUCUUAAUACCGUCAAGACUUCUUUUAGCUCUCCUUACGGGUAUUAUUCGUUUCGCCAAUGUGUCAAGAGAGUUUGUGCUGUCUGUCGUCAUGCUUUGGCCUAUGUCUGCGCCCCUGCUUUCGAUCCCGCGUCCCCUGCCGCGGAGCAAUUAGAGACGGCCAGAAGGAAAGGGAAACCUCUUCAACGGGGAUGUGCAAAGCAAGCAGUCCUUAUCGUAAAACCGGUGUGCUCUGGCUGUAAAAAGUGCUGGAGAAGGAAGUACAGGCUGGCGGUGCCAGAAGUCCCACGAAAAUCAUCGUGGUUCGGUCGACUUUUCGGCUUAUCAUCAUACUCUGUCGCCAAAAAGGACAAAAGGACGCUCGAAGCACAGAAUUGGAGGCUUCCAGAUCACGAAAACCCUGAAUGUGGUUUGGAAAAGCGUCUCACUGUACCUCCGGCCUCACGUAUCGUUCUUGCUCUUGACGGGGACAACAUCCGUGUCAACGUGACACCAGCAGCACAGAGUCUGGUGAGCUACGUGCGACAGGCCAUGGAGAAUCUUACGUCGCCGGCUUAUCAUUGUGAUUUUGCGGAGCCUUCCACCCUUUCUUAUCUCUGCUCUUCCGUCAUCCUCUGCCCCUCGAGGACUGAUGUCUUUACUCCAGGAUUCAACAUGGACGAAAUGAAGGAUUGGUUUUCUACCUAG